AGCCGGGACAUGUCAUAAUUAGGCCAAUGUGCGUUCCUCCACUCACUCUCUCCAUCCCUCUAUCGCCACUCUCUCACUCUCCUCCUCUCCGGCGUGGGGCUCACACCUUUGUCACGGACACAAGCACCUGGAGGAAGUUGGGAAGAGAGCAACAAAAGAGAAAGAGAAAGAGAAAGAGCAAGAGAGAAAGAGUGAGAGACUUGAGUUGUGAAUGUGAGCACCACUGUAGAGAGCAGAGUAGACCUCGGGUGCCUGUCUAAAGUAAGGCUGGUGGGCUAUGCUGCUAAAGUGCACAGAUCAGUUCUGAAGAGAAAGAAAGUUCUUUGGAUAAUGUACUACGUGAAGAAAAAGUCCCAGUACAGCCUCCUGAGCAACAGCAUGGAGUCGAGCCUGGGCGCGCCGCCACGCGCUUCCUCCACCAGCCCUUUCGGCUCCGACAACGCCUCCAGCGUGCCGACGCCAUCGCCCUACGCCCAGCCCAACUCCACCUUCGAGGCGGCCUCGCCGGCGCCCGCCAUCCCCUCCAACACCGACUACCCCGGGCCCCACGUCUUCCAGGUCACCUUUCAGCAGUCCAGCACGGCUAAGUCAGCCACGUGGACGUACUCCCCACUGCUGAAGAAGCUGUACUGUCAGAUCGCCAAGACAUGUCCAAUCCAAAUCAAGCUCUCCACGACUCCACCCCCUGGCAGCAUCAUUAGGGCGAUGCCCAUCUACAAGAAGGCGGAGCAUGUCACCGAGGUGGUCAAGCGCUGCCCCAAUCAUGAGCUUGGCCGAGAUUUCAACGACGGCCAGGUAGCCCCUGCCAGUCACCUGAUCAGGGUGGAGGGGAAUAAUCUGGCCCAGUAUGUAGACGACGGCGUCACAGGCAGACAGAGCGUAAUGGUGCCUUAUGAGUCUCCACAGGUGGGGACAGAGUUCACCACUAUCCUCUACAACUUCAUGUGUAACAGCAGCUGUGUGGGAGGAAUGAACAGAAGACCCAUCCUCAUCAUCAUCACCCUGGAGACACGAGAUGGUCAGGUAUUAGGCCGAAGGGCGUUUGAAGGUCGGAUCUGUGCCUGUCCGGGUCGAGACCGUAAGGCGGACGAGGAUCACUCCCGAGAACAGCAGGCCAUCAACGAGAGCGUCAAUAAGAAUGGCAACGCCAACAAGCGCAACUUCAAACAGAGCCCUCCCAACAUGCCUGGACCCUCACUCAACAUGAAGAAGCGUCGACAUGGUGAUGAGGAGAUGUUCUACAUCCCUGUGCGAGGCAGGGAGAACUUUGACAUCCUGAUGAAGAUCAAAGACAGUCUGGAGCUGAUGUCUCUGGUGCCUCAGCAGCUGGUGGACUCCUACAGGCAACAGCAGCAGGAGCUACUGCAGAGACAGACCCCCAUGGGCUCCACGUCCCAGUACGGUUCUCCUCUCUCCAACAUGAACAAGCUCCACACAGGCAUCAGCAAGCUGCCAUCUGUCAAUCAAUUGGUUGGCCACCAGUCACAGCAGGGGGCAGGUCCCUCCCCAAGUAUGGCACAUAUGGGAGGGAACAUGCUGAGCGGUCACCACAUGCAGACUAAUGGAGAUAUGAAUGGGUCCCAUCCCCCUCAGCCCAUGGUGUCCGCAUCUCACUGUACCCCUCCCCCACCAUACAAUCCCGACCCCAGCCUUGUCAGUUUUCUGACCAGUUUGGGCUGCCAGAGCUGCAUAGACUACUUCACCUCACAAGGGCUGCAGAGUAUCUACCAUCUGCAGACACUCACCAUGGAGGACCUGUGUGCACUGAAGAUCCCGGAGCAGUUCCGCGUGGCCAUCUGGCGUGGGCUGCAGGACAUGAAGCAGGGCCAUGACUACGGCCAGCAGCUGAUCCGCUCCAGCAGCAACGUGUCCGCCGCCUCCAUGGCCAUCGGCUCCGGCGUGGAGCUGCAGCGUCAGCGCGUCAUGGAGGCCGUCCACUUCCGUGUGCGCCACACCAUCACCAUUCCCAACCGGGCCAGCGCCACCGGAGGAGUCGGCAUCGGGGGACCUCACGACGAAUGGGGCGACCUUGGCUUUGACAUGCCCGACUGCAAGAGCUCACGCCGUCAAGCCGCCAUCAAGGAGGAGUUCACAGAGAGCCACGUGCACUGACACUUGCACCUCUGAGUUUCCCUUCCGUUAUCACUCUGCUUCAGAUUCAGAAGGCUAGAGGAAGGCUAGCUCUGGUAUAAGGAUGUAAUAUUAUGGGAUGCUGGUUGCUCUUUCAGUUUUUUAAAAGCACUUCCAUUUGUAAUGUUUUCACUCCUAAUGUUAUGACUCUGUCCCAACACAUUUCUCCAUUCACAUGAUGCUGGAAGGUCUUCAUAUACUCCCCUUCAGACACACAGAGGACAUUUCACACACUUUUCACUUCACACAAUAGCUAAACAACGCAACUCUUGGUCAUUCCAAAAUGGUUCAAUUAUAUUACCUUUGUUUCAGAAUCAUCGGCAAUUCUUUUCUGAAAAACACGCUGAAACACUCAGGAACAUAUGUACUUAUUAAAGUACAUUUUAUACAAAAAAAAUAUCAACUGUGUUACAUCUGAUAUCCACUGAAAGGUAUUAUCACUUUAACAGGUCGAGUGGGAGUGGGUGGUCGUACAAAUCUGUACUACUUUUAUUUAUUGUAUAUUUUCUGUUGUGUAAAUAUGUGCAUAUGUAAAGUAUUGCCUUUAACAUCUGAAAUCUCUUUUUUCCAUUCUGCAUAAUUGUUUGCUGGUGUAUAUUUAUCUUAUUGUGCUUAGAAAGUUGUACCUGAACAUAUCUAGGACAUACUGUACAUUGUGGGCAUGGUAUGCCAUGAAUGUGUGCAACCCAGGUGAAUCAAGUGAUCGUCAUCAUCAUCGAACAUACACUAAACAUGAAUCAACGUGAAUACACCCUUAUGCAAUAUUACUUAAAUGUCAAAUGGUUUAAAUUGUAUCACCUUGCUCUCAUGUAAAAUUAAAAACUAACAGUUUAGAUUUACUAUGUGAAAAAUAGACCUACCCAGAGCAGAAACACGUUGUAACAAAGGUUAUAGCUUUCAUCACUGAGUUAAAAAAAAAAAAUCAAUAGUUAUUAUGUCCAUCUAUAUUUUUCAUGAUAGACUCAAUCCUCCUUGGCAUCGAAAAUAUGUGUUGUUAAAAGUUUUGGAUAGAUAUUCAGCUAUUCUUCAAAGAAAGUUUUUUUUGUGUUUUAGCUGUUCUGUGCUGUAGGGGUUGUGCUGCAUUGCAGCUCCAUGUUAUAUCACACUCACCUGUGUGCUUCACCGCAUUCACUGUAGCCAUGGCCUGGUUCACACCAAGCAUACUGGACUGCAUCUCAGCCUUACAAAUCUUGAUCUCAUAUGACAUCAGGCCAUGGCUACAUCAGGCUUCUUAUCAUGUUCUUCAACAAAGUUUAAUGUUGCAGAUUGUGUUGAAGGUCAGUUGUUGUUGUUGUUGUUGUUUCCUGGACAACGUCCAUAAAGUUUGACAUUAUGCAGUGUCCUUUACACUGUCUGAGUUGUCACAGAAAACUGAUUUCCACCAAUACAUGUUCAUAAGAGGAAAUUCCCUAGAAAUAUGCGAUUGCUGAAAGGGGUACAAUUUGUAAUCCUGACAUUUAUGUGAUAUUGCAAAGGUUUACAUGUGAUUAAUCUGAUUUCAGAUACAUUUUAUGAUAUAGACUGCUUUCAUCAUGUCAUAUCAUGUCUGAAUCAUUCUAAUAUUUAGGCACACCCACAUAUCAAGAAUUGUAGUGGAUCACUGAGUGCUGGAAUUAUGUAUAUGUUGAUGUCCUGAACCUCAUAAUUUGUUAAAAGAUGGGUUACUAUUGCUACGGUGCUUUUCCAUGUCUACCAUUUCAGUGCAAAAUAUCUUGUUUUGACUACACUUUUGCUUUUUGUAGCAAAAGCUAAAUAGCUUAAACUGAUGUUCUGUUACUGAUAGCAAUAAUCUAGUGUUGUCAUUCUCCCCCCUUGAGAGGCUUGUGUUUUGUAUUUGCCAUGACAAUAAGAUGAAGUGGAUGACCCUUUUCAGCACAAAUAGUUUGGUCCUGGUCAUUACUGGUUUGUGAAUAUAGCCGUAAUUUUGUUUUCCUAGACGGCUAUUAAUUGUGAGUUUCAGUGAAAUACCUGAUUCAUUGGUUUGCUUCGUUAAAAGGGAUUUUUUAAGACAUUAAUGUUUAGUUCUGGCAGCUGUUCACUUCUUUUUGUGCCACACUAUCAUGUUCUCUUUGGAAAAAGGCAGUUGUUGAAAUUGAAAGUUAUGGAAAUUGAAAACUACUUUCUCUAAUUCUAUAACAAUUCUAAAACUGCUUUCUCUAACAGAAAUGCAUUGGUAUGUUACCUUUGAAGCUUGGCCACAAAGGUCACAUUGGUAAUACUAGUAGCUCCUAAAAAAUCAAAUCCAUGUCAUGUAGGUAUUUCUGAAAUUAACAGUAAUUUUACACAUUAGCCAUACCAAUACCAAAACCGCCCUCUCUUUGUCUCUGCUGGCAUUGUGGCCUUGCAGGACAAGGUCUCAUUAAUCACUGAUAAUGUGUUUAGUUCUGCUCUGUUGCUCUGUUUUCUGUCAGACUCUUGUGUUAAUUGUACACACAUUUUGAAUGUUUUGUAGAUGUUAUUUUUUCUGUUAUAGUUCAGAGCACUGAGUAGGCCUACUCCUAGAUACUUCAGUCCUUUUGUAGGAACAACUUAAUGUUUCCAUUGUGCGUUGACACCAAUAUAGAGUCCAAAAUAUGUUGUGCAUUUAAACAAUCAUUAGAAACCUUUCAUACAUUCAUCAAAGCACUUUACUGCUUUUGUGUGGCAUUGUGAAAUGAUAUGGAAAUGGUUGAAAAUCAGUAUUAUGUCACUGCAAAUGUUGAACUGUAGACUGUAAAUUUGAUUUCAUAUUAUGGGUGAGUUGCUGUCUCAAAGUGUUCUCUUUUAUAAUCACAUUUUAUUAACAUAUUUUAUUUUGUCAAUGUUAUGGAGUGUGCCCAAUGGUUUCUUUUUUGUACAGUGUUCUUUCUCAUCUAUUCUGAAUAUAAACUUGUACAAUACAGAAAGAAAAAAUGGAAUCAAGUCGUUCAUUCAUCCCCUCACAGCGGGCUGGUGGCUAACCAAGUGCAAUUUCAGGGAUGUAAUUGUGCA